CACAAAUUACGGAUGUGCUUUAUCACUUUCACGGACUAGUUACUGUCGUGAAUCUAAUGGAAUCACGGCCCAAGAGAUAACGUUCACUGAGUCCACGCCAGUCCCCUCGACAACGAACUACUGUUUGCUUGUUUCUCGGUUCGUUCUAACGAGAACACUGGCACAAGGAGUACCAUAUCUCGCCGUAGCUGGGAUCAAAUAGCUCUUACCGUCCACCUGCCCGCUCACAUCACAACCCCAUUGUCGUUCGUCUGUCGUCAAUUCGGUCAGGAUAUCGAUCACUGUCGCCGUCUUCCUCUCUCUUCGUACGGGAGAAGAACAAUCAUACCAGGCCUCACACUUUUCCAAUGGACAUACUUUCGCAGGUCUUACUCCCGUCAGACGCUGCUCAAGGGCAAAAGUUAUACCAGGCAUAUUGCGUUUCUGAGCCGCUCUCACGAGCACAAAGCAGGCAUGAGACAACUCCAAAAUCCAUUCAACACGAAGCCUUCGGGGGACAGUCAGAGCACUCGAGUUGUAUGCCUGAUAUUUCCACUGGGAUCACGAGUUUAGAGUCACGAAUUCUACCACAUCGACGUACAAUACCGAAUCACUCCCAAGACCUCGAUUAUCAUGAACACUCUAUGUCGUCUCCACGAGAAUCGCCGCACAUAGCACCCGACCUUGGCCCAGCGUCAAAUCUCGAGCAACACAAUGACAUCCACAUGCAACUCAAAACGGAAAAGAAAAGCUACAGCCACAACAGGUUAGCCAAUUGUACACCUGUUUCUGGAAAUACAAUCACCGGGAGUCAAUAUCACACUGUGCAACCUGUCACUCCACGCGGCAACAAUCUAGUAGUCUCUGCUCAAGAGUUAAUGUACGACGGAACGUCGAUUCGACCACAGAUGCAACAAUUAAAGCUUGACUUUAUCCUUUUGUCUCAACAAUCCGUGCGUAAUCAACCGAUUUCGCAGCAUACGGCAUACCCAAGAAUGAAUCCUCAUCCACUGCCACUGCUGCCAACAGACGAGAACUCGGAUGGAGAAACCGAAAAAGUCCGAGCGAUUGAUGUGGAUAGGCUUACGUGUGAUAAGGUUGAACACACAUGGCAGCAGCAACUGUCAACAACAGAAUACAAAGAGCAUGGCAGUACGAGCACUGAACGUCUUCUGCCGAGCGUACAGAGCUGUCACAUCAUUCCAUCUCGGUAUACGUCGCUAUCGUGCGAGAGUGUUCGGCCAAAGUUUGUGCAACGGACAGAAAUCCUCGACGAUGCAAAGUCAUUCUCGACACCUGUGAGCCCGCCGCCACACAGACACGUACAAUCGCCCACAGCUUCACAUCGCCCGACGGCUAUUGAACAGCAAAUACCAUGUACUUCUUCCAGGGAAUUGUUCACCCACCAACAUAGUACAGCAGAUUCGCAAAACACGACACGUGCAUAUGGUUGCACACAGCCCAGAGACGCAAAUUUGGGAUACGUAUUUAACCAACCCCCUAUAACAUCGGACCGCCCGCCCCCGCCCCCUCCGCAUCUUAUUCUAUACCGUUCACAUGAUGUGGAGGCUCGUAGCCCCGUCGUUGAUGAUUACUUUGACCUCCCAACACCACCACUUUCUAUGUGUUCCUCUAGUGUACGGCCUGGAGCUAGAUUACCGCCAUGGGGUUCUCUCGAAGACCUCCAGUCACAGCGAAAAAACCGUACUGAAGUCCGCGCACAUGUCCAGUCGGCCCAAAAUCGCGCUUUGAGAGAUCGCAUGGAUGCUGAAAAAGCGAGGUCUACCUUGCAUGGACAAUGUUCGACAGAUGACCUCAGAAGGGAUGUCGUACACAAGCGCCAGGAAGUGGAGCAUAUCAAAGAAGAGAUUUUGGGUGUAUACCCAGACAUGGCAUUUGAUGGGGGUACUUGGAAACUUGGCAAGGAUACUAGUGUCGUUGGAUUUGACGGGGCACGGCUAGUGGUCAUUUUCAAGGGUACACACGAUGAUGAUUCUGCACUCUCGUGA